UGUACUUAAAAAUUUUUGAAUAUUACAGAAAUGAACUUACAGAGACCUCAUUUAGCAAUUGGGUGUGUGGCCCAAGGAAUUUCUUUCCUCACAACAGCACUGCAGCAGAGGGGCGGUGGCCCUCCUGGGCAUGGGGAGCAGAGGUGGGGCUUGGAGGGCAGCAAAGGAAAUGGGGACUCAGCGGGGACCCGUCCCAGCUCACCGUGUGACAGCCCUUUGGAUAGGUGACCAGGCAUUGAUGCACCCCCAGGGAGGCCACGCACUCAAGGAGGCCACCCCCGCUGGCUGCUGCUCACAUGGUUUCUGGGCCCCUGGCACUCCGGUGGUGCGUGUGGGCGGGGCGUGGGGACAUGGGGCCCGACAUGGAGCUGCCCAGCCACUCAAAGCAGCUCCUGCUGCAGCUAAACCAGCAGAGGACGAAGGGCUUCCUGUGUGACGUCAUCAUCAUGGUGGAGAACUCCAUCUUCCGGGCCCACAAGAAUGUCCUGGCUGCUAGCAGCAUCUACUUCAAGUCCCUGGUGCUGCACGACAACCUCAUCAACCUGGACACGGACAUGGUCAGCUCCACGGUAUUCCAGCAGAUCCUGGAUUUCAUCUACACGGGCAAGCUGCUGCCCAGCGACCAGCCGGCCGAGCCCAACUUCAGCACGCUCCUCACCGCCGCCAGCUACCUCCAGCUGCCUGAGUUGGCGGCCCUGUGCCGGCGCAAACUCAAGAGGGCCGGCAAACCCUUUGGCUCAGGGCGGGGUGGGGCCGGCCUGGGGCGACCCCCUCGCAGCCAGCGGCUGUCUGCGGCCUCCGUCAUCCAGGCCCGGUACCCAGGGCUCGUGGAUGGGCGUAAGGGGGCCCACACCCCUCAGGAGCUCCCCCAGGCCAAAGGCUCAGAUGAUGAGCUCUUCUUGAGUGGCUGCAACCAGGAGAGUGUGCACGGCCUGGGCCGGCCAGUCUGUCCGGCCACCGGGGAGGCCGGCCUGGGUGGCUGCAGCACCAAUGGGAGCAGUGGGGGCUGCGAGCAGGAGCUGGGCCUGGACUUGUCCAAAAAGAGCCCUCCCCUGCCCCCCGCCACCCCCGGGCCCCCCCUCACCCCAGAUGACCCAUCUCAGCUGAGCGACAGUCAGCACGGCUCGCCCCUCUCAGCCUCUGCUCCUCCCGCCGCCAACAGUGCCUCUUAUGCCGAGCCGGGGGGCGCCCCCAAUGAGCCCAUGGAUCUGGAGGGGGCUGAGGACAACCACCUAAGCCUGCUGGAGGGGCCCGGCGGGCAGCCCCGCAAGAGCCUCCGGCACUCGGCCCGCAAGAAGGAGUGGGGCAAGAAGGAGCCCCUGGCGGCCUCCCCUUUUGAGCGGCGGGAGGCGGGGCCCAAGGGUCCCUGCCCUGGGGAGGAGGCUGAAGGGCCAGGGGACAGGGUCCCCAACGGCAUCCUGGCGGGCGUGGCGGCGGGCAGCGGGCCCUAUGGGGAGCCCCCAUACCCCUGCAAGGAGGAGGAGGAGAAUGGCAAGGACGGGAGCGAGGACAGUGGGCAGAGCGGCAGCGAGGGGGGCGGCGGCCGUGCGGGCGCGCACUACGUGUUUCGGCAGGAGGGCUACGAGACGGUGUCCUACGGGGACAACCUGUACGUGUGCAUCCCUUGCGCCAAGGGCUUCCCCAGCUCCGAGCAGCUCAACGCCCACGUGGAGACGCACACGGAGGAGGAGCUCUUCAUCAAGGAGGAGGGCGCAUACGAGACGGGUAGCGCAGGCGCUGAGGAGGAGGCCGAGGACCUGUCGGCACCCAGUGCGGCCUAUGCAGCCGAGCCCCGGCCCUUCAAGUGCUCUGUCUGCGAGAAGACCUACAAGGACCCGGCCACACUGCGGCAGCACGAGAAGACGCAUUGGCUGACGCGGCCCUUUCCCUGCAACAUCUGUGGCAAGAUGUUCACACAGCGCGGCACCAUGACGCGCCACAUGCGCAGCCACCUGGGUCUGAAACCCUUUGCCUGCGACGAGUGCGGCAUGCGCUUCACCCGCCAGUACCGCCUGACCGAGCACAUGCGCGUGCACUCGGGCGAGAAGCCCUAUGAGUGCCAGCUCUGCGGAGGCAAGUUCACACAGCAGCGCAACCUCAUCAGCCACCUGCGCAUGCACACCUCCCCCUCCUAGAAGCCAAAGACCCGCCUCGGGAGCCUGGAAGGAAGGAGCGGAGGCCGGGCCAGCGGGAGGCCCGGGCCCCGGGGCCGGCCAGCGCCCCACACCCAGAGCUUUAAUCCACAGUCUGUACCAAGGGAAGAGAGGAGGGCAGCCAGUGCCCCAGCCCCGAGCCUGUGGCCACUGUGCCGUGCACUUCCCAUCCCGCCCGGCCCAGCAUUCCGCUCGGCUCCCUGUGGGGGCUGCCACGGGGCCUGCAGUAGUGGGCCACGGGGGUCUCCUGGGGACCCAGCCCCAUUCUUGCAGGCUGGGUCGGAGCAGCGGGAGUGGGGGCCUCCCUCUGGGCUGCGGAAAGCAGGGCGGCUGCAGCCCAGGGCAUGUGUGUGUGGCCACCCUGGUUCUGCAGGAAGCGGUGCUGGAAGGAGGGGACAGAGCCCUCCUUCCUCAAGCCAGGGGUCACCGCUCGCUGGCACCGGGACAGUCAGGGCCCCCACCGCCUACCUCUCCACAACUAAAGAGCCCUCUGGGCCCGUGUGGCUGUUAUUCCUACUGAUCUGUUCCUUUUUUCUUUCUGAAUUUUGUUUUUUAAACCAAAACCAACAAGAGUUUAUUUUUCCCCCGGCCCCUCGGGGCUGAGCCUGGGUCUGUGGACUGAAUGUACUGGGCGGCCGCCCUGCCCGCCCUGCACGGCUGUGGCCGGGCGCCCACCCUCCAGGCCCCAGAAGCCCUUCUUGGCCAAAGGCUUCCCUGGGCCCCGAGCCCUGCCUCGGCCGCCUCAGGAGAGAGAGUGCUUUUCCCAUAGUUUCCGAGAAAUAUUCUUUGUUUAGAGGUACUUGUUUUUUAUUAAGAGAAAACCCCGUGGAACGUUUAUGUGAAUGUUUGAACUGGAAGGCCGGGGUUGCUGGGGGGCGGGGGGGCUGGACUUGGUGCCCAGGCGUCGGUACGCGUUUCCAUUUCUCCGUGUGUGUGGUGUGCGCGGUGCGUGUGUUGCGUUUCCUUCCUUCCUUCCCCAUCAAGGUGGAGAGACUUCUGACCUUUUGCUACCUCUUGAAUUGGAGAGAACAGGACGCUGGUGACGGCCGCUGUGGCCGUGACACGUGUGUUUUCCUCCUGUCUGUGCGCACGCAGGGGAAGACGUGGUUGAACGAGUGGGCUCGGGCAGCCCUCCUGGGACCCCGCCUACAGGUCUGUCUCAGAAGCGGUGCCCGCGUCUCCGGGCACAUGCAGCUAGCCGUCCACCCUGAGGGUGUGCUGAGUGUGCUGCUGAGAGUCAGGGAGCUCACCCAUGCCUGAUUGGCCCGAGUUGGAGGUGUGAGUGCUGCAGCCCCCUGGAGCCCCCCGCGCAGGGGCCAGGAGAUGGUAGCCGCGUGGUGGGGAACCAGUCCCUUGCAGCUCCCUGCCAGGCCAGGGUGGGGCGAAGUGAGCCCCCCCCAUCCUGUCCCCUGGGCCUGCGAGAGUGUGACCUCAGGAGAGCAGUGGCUCCUGCCCCUGCCUGGCCACUGCGGAAGGGCUGACCAGAGGGGUGUGUCCCGACACCCCGAGGAUUGGAGGGGACCUGCCCUGCUUUGGCACCUCUGAGCAGUCCUGGCCCAUGGUUUCUCUGGUGCGAGGUUGGCCCCACCCUCGCCCCUCACUUUGGGCUCCCUGCCAGCCUGAGACACCCCCCUGGGCCUGGAGCCCGCUCACAAGGCCAGACCAAGGUCGUGGGGUCGCUCGCCAGCUGGAACCACGGGGCUGGGCCAGCGCCUUUGUCUUCUUCGUUUUGCUUCGUACUUUUCUUUCUUUUCUUUUACUUUAAGUUCAGACCAAAAAAUUCCGGAGUCACCCCUUCCCCUCCUCCACCCCUCCAGAGACCCUCCAGCUGAAACAGAGCCUGAGUUCAGGGACCCGAGUGGUGGGUGUGCCAGUGAGGGCGUGCGGGCCGCUCCUCUUCCAGCAAGUCAGGCCCCCUCCAGCCCCUCUGCUCUCCCGACCCCCCCCACUCCAUCAGCACUUAAGCCACACGACAAAAGUCUGUAGCGGGAGCUGCACACACGCCGCAGGGCGUGGCUUCCAGCGAAGCAGGUGGUUCAUGGCAGAGCUUCAGGGACUGGGCGCAGAGGCCCUCACUCGACCUUCGUGCGACAUAGUAUUGUACCCACCUGAGUAUUGUAUCGAGCCUUUUCUGUAUUUUAACAAGAAAGCAAAACACUAGUUUCCUAUUUAAGACUUUAAGGGUUUGUGGGGCGGGCGGGGUUAACACAACACUUGGUUUGGUUUUCUCUUUCCUUGAUUUCACGUGGAUGCGUGCGUGUGUGCGAGCGUGCGUGGAGAUGUGUUAGAGCCCCACCAGGAAAUUAGGCCGUUGGAGGCCCAGGGCGGCUUACAGUUCUCUGCUUUAGUCACUUAAUUCCUGAAUGUUUCGGAGAAACAGGAAACAGAGAAAAUAGCAGAUGUCAUGUAGGAAAGAGGAUAAACAAAAACAAAAAAAGGAAAAAAAAAAAAAAAGCUCAUACCCAAAUUCACAAAACGUAUUUUUUAAACCAAAGCACAUUUUGAAUGCGUAUGGAACCUCAGUGGGCUCAGAAAAAAAGAUACUAAUAUAUUUAUCUCAUUGUUUACAUAAACUUGGACAGUUUCAGACCUCAGCAGCUGUAAGGCCAGUCCCAGUGAAACCCCACCUACUGCUGGAGGCCCUUCCGAGUCAUCCCUGGAUCAGCUCGUGGGCAGAGGGGCCCCCACGUUCGCCUGAGCCCUCCUCCCCAGCCCGGGCCUCUCCCAGCCCAGCUGGCACCAAAGAGCUUGGGUCUGUGCUGACCACCCCCCAGGCCUCCUGGCCAGACCGUGGUGGUCCUGGCCGGCUGGCUUGGUGAGGGUGGCUGUCAGCUCUGGCCCUAGGACCCAAGUCUGGGCUUGGGCCCUGGGAUGGAGGUGCACCGCUGUCCUGCUCCUCUGCCCGAGACCCUCGGGUGGGUUGUGAGGGUCCCUCUCAAGCCAAAAAGCCAGGACCUUUGCACAGCUCCGUUGACUCCAGCGGGUCCCCACCCCCCGGGGACCCUCACCUCCACCCUGGCAACGGGAGGGGCUCACUGGGCCGGUCCUUACCAACACAGACGGUGCAAACACUCUGAACAGUGUUGUUUUUGUAUCAAUAUGUUUGUGCAGUGAUGAAUGUAUUUAUUUCUCAGACUUGGGGAGAGCGGGCGGCAGGCCGGGCUCCGCCACCGCACGCUCCCGCCAGACCCAGCCCGUCACAGGGGCUCCUCCAGGAUUGCAAAAAAGGUAGAGGAAAAGACGAACCUCUAAGCAAAUACGAAUCUCAGAGACUCGCAGCAUAGCCAUACUCCUCAGCCUGUGAAACGAACAAUCUGGACCCAGACGGACUUUCAGAACCUCACGCAGCCGUGCGUUACCGUCCGUCGCCACUCGGGGGCGCUGGGCCGUCCCUUCCGCGCCGCCCCCGCCCCCACCGUCAGUAUUCACUGGAUUCGCCGCGUGCAGGAGUGCGAUCUGGGCCGGGCCGGCUGGGCAGGCAGACCCCAGCCGCCCCCCUCCCCCCGAGGCCGUCCUGAGUUGGGGUGAGGCCUGGGCAGCCAGGAGAGCAGGGCUGAGGGCAGGGCGGCUGCAUCCGUCCAGUCCCCUUGGCUUGGGGGACGAAAGCAGAGGCGCCCCGUCUUAGAGCAGACCAGGGAUCUCAGCCCUGCCGUGCCCGCUGCAGGGACCAAGGCCCUGUCCAACCCCAGGGUCACGUGGGCGUUACUAAACCUGUGAAUCCGAUCCCAGGAGGGGGUGGGGUGGAGCGGGGCCUGACCAGAGCCUCAGUCUGACAUUCCAAAAUCAGGGGUGUGCGUGUGCGCUGCCCAGGACCCCCUACCUAGGGCCCCCAGAUUGUCACCCCACUUUAACUUUCUACCGGGAACCCCUCCCCCUACCUCACCUUGCUAUUUAUUGCUGUAAUUUAUUGACCUCAAAAAUGCUGCAUAACAGACCUCACUCGGGGCAGAGAGGAUCUCCAGGGCUCCCCCCCUCCACUUGGCGGGGCCCCGUGGGGCCAGGUGCUGAGGGGAGCCUCUCUGUCCCCCACCCAUCACUUGCUUUCCCCUCCCCCAUUGGGGGACCCCAGGCUGGGCAUUGGCCCACUCACAAAUACCUCGAGGGGGAGGGGAGGGAUGGGGUUAUAGCUGUUUUGUUUAAUCAGAACUGGAAGAGGGAUCAUGUCCUAUAAGCCCUUCCCAGAAAGGAGGAGGGAACCGUGAUCGCACUCCUGCACCGGCCACCGCCGCUGUCAGUCAUAACAUUGAGUUCACUUCCCGCGAGAGUUUGGAUAAAUUCAGGUCAGAGCUGCAGGUAUGCAGCCCUCAAGUGUCAUGGUAAAGCAGCCACCAAUCUCUCCAUUCAGAAGCGUGCAGUCUUAAUGUACAGUGAUGAGAAACUGUUAUUUUAUGAUCUUUUCAUUAAAAGCUUGAUUGAA